AUGAAGGCCUUUUUCGCCCGGAGCAGACACUCCCUGGUGCCCCAGCAGCAGCAGCAAGGAUCUCCGCAGGACUCUCACGAGCAAAGUCCGCCCACUUAUCCCCCCCAGACCUCAGAAGCGUACCUUGCUCCCCCUCCCCCAUACUCCGAGACGGUUGGGACACCUUCGAACAGGCCAGGGGCAGCGGUGGUAGAAACCAUUAACACAGAUACCUCAGCAUCAGGCAGCCAGACAGCAGCAAGACUCGCGAGCAACAACCGCAGACCGCUGGGAGACGACGAGGCGGCCCUGCAUCUGGCCGUCAAGAACAACCAUGUUAGCGUCGUGAGGGCAUUGAUCAAGGCCGGCGUGGAUGUCAGCUGUGCAGACUCAAGUGGCUGGACGCCGCUGCAAAAGGCCGUGUCCCACCAACAGGAGAAGGCUGUCGAGGCUGUCAACGCCCUACUGAUUGCCGGCGCAGAUGUACUUGCCGCCAACAACGAAGGCAUGACUGCCCUCGGAGUCGCAGCGUCCAAAAACCUGCAGGGAAUAUCGGACAUCCUGCUCAAGGCCGGCGCUGAAAUCAACCCGUCAGACCCCAAGACGGUUUCCUGGUCGCCCUACCUCCUAGCUGCAUGGAGCGGUCAUCUCGAGCUGAUGAAGUUCUAUCUGAACUGGGGCGCGGACGCUCAUGCUGUCAACGACGGGGGCUGGAAUGCCCUGCACAUCGCUGUCAGACAGAACCAUUACCCCGUCAUUCGCUUUGUGCUUUCUACCAAGAAGCCUCUCAGCGUCAAGUCGGUCAUCUAUGAUAAGCGGACUGCGCUGCAUAUUGCGGCAAAGUACAAUAAUCUCGAGAUUGCUCGGUUUCUAAUCAACUCUGGUACCCCAAUCCAUGCAAGAAGCGAGGCUGGAUACACGGCUCUGCACGCCGCCACAAAUGAAGGGCAUGAUGAGAUAGCCCUGCUUCUCAUCGAGAGCGGGUCAGACGUCAAUGCCAAAGGAGACGAUAGCUGGGCUCCCCUCGCCUUGGCUGUGUAUCACGACAAGGAGUCCACUGUCCGGCUGCUCGUCGAAAAGGGGAAAGCUAAUAUCGAGAUAAAGAACUCAAGCGGCUGGACCUCCUUGUUGCUGGCCGCUAGAUGGGGCUAUGUUGGUAUUGUCAAGUACCUGAUCGGGUGUGGAGCAAAUCCAAAUAUUGUUUCGGUCCGGACCCGGACGGCUUUGCAUAUGGCUGCACUUCACCAGCAUGGGGAGAUAGCCAGGAUGCUGGUCGGGUUGGAUAUAGAUGUGAAUGCAGCAGACGAGGAUGGCUGGAUGCCAUUGCAUAUGGCUGCCAGGAACGGCGCAGAGAAUAUUGUCAGACUCCUGCUGGAGAGCGGUGCGGAUCCCCAUGCCGAGUUCAAGCCUGGCGGAGUCAGCUCGUCCCCUCUGCAGCUCGCCGCCGAAGAAGGCCACGAAAAGGUGGUUGAGAUGAUUCUCCAGGCUCGGAAGAGAGUGCAGAAGAAGUAG